AUGUUCAUCAGUAGAAGAUGCAGAAUUAAAGGCUUUACCCUUAAGAAUUUGCUGUGGUUCAGGUCAUCAUCAACUCGAUUUGUUUCAACUGAAUCACCAGAUGCGAGCGCAAUUACGAAACCAGAUGGUAUUUUCAAUUAUUCUCUGUUGGAAAACAGAACAUACAUCAGGAUACGAGGACCCGACACAGUGAAAUUUCUAAACGGAUUAGUUACCUCGAAACUAUUACCUCAUUUUAUUAAGAAAAAUCUAACCACUGUAGAAGAGAAUGAAGUGCCUACUGAAGAAGGAACGACGAAGGUUGAUCCAAUUAUUCCUGUGCCAGAAUUUGAUGCACGACUGGGAAAUUGGGGACUGUAUAACGAAAAAGGUAUUCAAGGGCCAUAUAUUUCAAGGUUUGGUUUGUACUCUGCAUUUUUAAACGGUAAGGGGAAGUUAAUAACAGAUACAAUUAUUUACCCCACUCCUGUGACCGUAAGCGAACAAAUUUCAAAUUAUCCUGAGUAUCUGUUAGAGCUUCACGGGAAUGUAGUGGACAAAAUUUUGCACGUUUUACAAACUCACAAGUUGGCCAAUAAGAUUAAAUUCGAAAAAAUUGAUCAUUCCUCCUUGAAAACCUGGGAUGUUGAGGUUCAAUUCCCUAAUUUGCCCAAAGAUAUUGAAAACCCGUGGUUUGAUAAUCUACUGGAUCCUAUGGCUCUACCAAAAAAUUCCAUAGAUGCUAAUAAUUUUGCUGUUAAUGUUUUAAAUUCUUUGUUUAACUCAGAUCCUAGAAUAUUGGGUAUUUACGUAGAAAGAAGAACUGAGUCAAUGUCAAGGCAUUACUCCACAUUUCCACAAUCCUUCAGAGUUGUCACUUCCGAGCAAGUGGAUGAUCUCUCUAAGCUAUUUAACUUUAACGUUUUCGACUUCCCUUUUCAAGUAAAUAAAAAAGCUUCCGUUCAAGUUAGAGAAAUCAGAUUUCAAAAAGGUCUUAUAGAUAGCACUGAGGAUUACAUAUCUGAGACUUUGCUACCUUUGGAACUAAACUUUGAUUUUUUUCCAAACACUAUAAGCACAAACAAAGGAUGUUAUGUAGGACAAGAGCUGACAGCCAGGACAUAUGCUACAGGCAUUCUACGGAAACGUUUGGUCCCAGUUAAGCUGGAUAAUUAUCAACUUUUAGAUACAGACCCAGAAAGAAAGUACGCAGAAUUCCAUAUCGACAACGUUGUAGAAAAGAGCCUUGCAGAGAACGAGCCAACCCUCAAUCCAUUUACCAAUAAACCGCCCGAACGAACCAAGAGAAAGCAAAGGCCGGCAGGCUUAUUGAUUUCUAAUGAAGGGCUGUAUGGCGUAGCUUUACUUAGAACAGAGCAUUUCUCUGCUGCCUUCUCAUCUGAUGAGCCAGUCGAAUUUUACAUUACUACAACGAAGGGUGAAAAUAUUAAAAUAACACCUCAAAAACCAUUCUGGUUUAGCGACUGGAAAAACAAUAACGGGCCUCAUAAAUAG